ACUCCGUACCAUCAAAGUGUUUACCCUCCGAACAACAAUCAAUACGACAAGCUCCAUCACCUCAAGUUCAUCGCAACAGUGACACCACCAAGCUUAUCUAUCACUGAAUCGACCACGAUACACCUCACAGCCACCAGACCCCGUCGCGUGUAAAGAAAGAGCUCGGAUACAAUGCCUCCACAACAGAAGCAGCGCAAGAUGGCCAUUGUCGGCAGCAGAUCCGUUGGCAAGAGCUCGCUGACUGUUCAGUUCGUCGACGGCCACUUUGUCGAUUCAUACUACCCCACCAUUGAAAACACCUUCUCCAAGGUCAUCAAGCACAAGAACCAAGAUUUCGCCGUAGAGAUCAUCGACACUGCCGGACAGGACGAAUAUACCAUCCUGAACAGCAAGCACUUCAUCGGUAUUCAUGGAUACAUGAUUGUCUACAGCGUCGGCAGCAAGCAGAGCUUUGAGAUGGUCAGAAUCAUUCGUGAUAAGAUUUUGAACCACAUGGGCGCCGAGUCAGUGCCAUUGAUCAUCGUCGGCAACAAGUCCGAUCUUCGACCCGAACAACGUCAAGUCAAGGCUGAAGAUGGUCGCAAGCUGGCCGAGGAGCUCAGCUGUGGAUGGACCGAAGCAAGCGCCAGAUUCAACGAGAACGUCGGCAAGGCCUUCGAGGGUAUGGUUGCCGAAAUUGAGAAGGGCCAGGAAGCUGGGCAGCCCAAGGAGGGUAAGAACUGCGUUGUCAUGUAAAGACAGACAUUGCCACUGCACUACUAGCAGGAUCGCCUUUGCCUUUGGACCAUCUUUAUACAUCGAGAAAGGCUAGAGGGGCCACACCUUCGGAGCUACAUGUGGAAGGGAGGUCAUGGGAACAUGGAGCCGGGAUUGAAGUUGGGCAUACGCAUGGCUAGGGAGCUUUCUUUGUAUUCGCCUCUCAUUUCACUGGCGAUGGUUUGACUGGAGUUCUCAAUAGGCGCAAUUACUGGCUUGGGGUCGGGUUAUGGGGAUUGGGAGAAUUCGAGGUAAUAUACAAAGGCUCACGUCGAGAUACUUUGAUCUGAUGUGACCACCACCGAGGCGUGAUAUGAUUGAGGAAACAAGUCUGAGAUCAAGCAGGCUUUUAUGUGCUUUGCAUCUUGACCGUUAUCAAAGGCAUCUAACACCGCAAUGUGCUCGUGAGGUGUGUCAUGUUUCACGGCUGCUGUUGCGGGACUGCAAAAGAGCGCCUGAACUGCUUCCUCCCUU